UUUUUCAACCGACUGUUUUUUAGAACACGUUUAUUACAAGAACGUAGAUGCAGUAGAUGCCGAAAGGAAAAUUUUUUUCAACAGUGAAGCCAGAUAUGACGCUCUCAGUGAAAUUGAAGUUGAACUGGAUAAAAUAACAGAAUAUUAUGAAAAGAGAGAUGACAGAUUAUAUUAUAGACAAGUCAUAUAUUCAAAAAAAUCAGAAGGGACCAAUGCAGAAACAUCAAAAGGAGUCAGACGGCCUAUCCAGAAAAUGAUCCAAAAGUACAUGAGAGACGAAUCCAAACCGGCAAGCGAUGAUAUUGCCGUAAGAGAAUUUGCCAUCGUUGAUAGAGAAAUUCGCUUGAAAUUUCAUUACGGCAAAGGAAACGUUACGGCUUCCACGAGAACCUUCAUUAAACCACCCAUAUCAGAGAUGGGCGAGGGUAUGGUAUUUAAACCGGAGCUGACCUUCGGUUAUCAAGCAGAAGUCGGGGCUAAGCCUCCCAGGCAGUUGAAUUUGUUCAUACUGUUCGAAGAGCAACUGAAGGAAGAAGAGAAGGCGUUGAACAGUAUAAGAGACGUAGAAAUACAGAUUUCGGAGUUCUUGUUAUUGAGAGCCCACGAAAUGGCGUUCAAUAAGCUAGACAUAUCGUUAUUCAACAAAGAACAAAAUGUGGACUUCAGAUCCGGAAUGUUAGAGAAGGAGGAACAACAUCGAGCGUGCAAAGAAAAAGAAGUCGAAGAGGAAACAGACUACUUUGCUCCGUACCUGGCAAAACUCGGUUAUCCCGAAAAGUUGACAUACGACCAAGCUUUAGAUUGCAAGUAUGCUUGCCUGAAUGAUUUCAAGAAUAUGUUGGUGGAAAGAGCAAAUUAUAUUCAGAAAACGUUUGAAAAGUCGACUGAAAAGCUUCAGAAUAUGAAAAACUAUUACACCAUGUAUCAUGAAAAUCUAACUCCGGAAGAGGAAGCACAGUAUUUCGAAGAAGUAAACAAUAUGAUCACUUACCUGAGGACUCUAGAGAUACGAUUAACCAGACACAAGGACUUGUCUCCUUUAAGGUAUGAAGCUUUAUUAACGUAUCUGAAUGAUCACCCGAUGCUGACAAACUUAUAUUGAAUGUCUUUAAAAAUUGUGAUGACGAAAUAAAUACACUAUUUCAA